UCCGUCUGGACGUGCGUCGUUGGAAGCUGGAGCUCGCGGGUGGGCGCGUGCGGCAUGGCUGCAGGGCUGGUUCAAAUGCUGCUGCUCUCACAGCUCCAGGUGCAGCUGAGCGUGCCGUGGGCUGCAGUCAAGUUGAGAUUGAAUUGUCCUCAAGCAUCCUGCUGGCACUAUUGGCAGGGGAAUUGUUAUUGCAUGGAGAGGAGUCGCACUGGGACUUGGACUGAAGCAUUGAGAUACUGCAAACGAUAUCGAGAUACAGAACUAUUAAAAAUCACUAAUGCGUCAGAAAAGAAAUGGAUUUUAGGGUUGCCUCUGAACAAUUUCUGGAUUGGAUUAAAUAAUUUAGAAAAUGUGACUAAUUUUUCCUGGUCGGAAGGGACAUUGGCAGACAUAACAGCACCCUGGCUUUGGAUGCCACGCCCAGCCCAACCAAACAAUGCGUAUUGUGUGAAGAUUUCCAAUGGCAUCUUGAUUGCUCUGGACUGUAGCGCCAAGGCCCAUUGGAUCUGCAAGCGAAGUGCAGAUAUUGAGCGGUAUCAGGAACACAAAGGAAAGGUACUUCUCUCGCCACCAAGUGUUCCAUCACAAGUACAUGCAGAUUUGAAUUCUGCUAAAGAAGCUUGCCUGGAGCUUAGGGAGAAAUGCACAGGAAUUUCUACAUGGAAUAAUGCAUAUGCCCUUGCCAGGGGAACCGUAUUGUUGAAAAGUGAGGAGAGCAAUUCCUAUGCCUAUGUAAAAUCAGAUUGCUCCAUGGGUUACUUCGGAAGGGAUUGUUCCUCUGUGUGCGGUUUGUGUCACAACGAUGAUCUGUGCAAUCCCUACACGGGAACUUGUGACGAUUUCCAUUUGUGCAGUGUUCAGAGUGCACCUACAACCUGUGAGAGAGCUAUGAAAAGUUUGUGGUGCCCCCGUUUUUCUGGUUGGUCGUAUUGGAGUGGCAACUGUUACUACUUCGGCACAGAGGCCCCUGCCAGCUGGCUUCAAGCAAAGGAGAAGUGUAGAAGAUACAGAAGUGCAGAUCUGCUGUGGAUUGAGAGUCCAGAAGAAAUGAAUUGGUUGUUCUCGGCAAUUCCAUCUGAAACCUUUUGGAUUGGACUGAAUAGCAGGCAGCAAGAGUCUAUCUGGAUUUGGUCAAAUGGGAAGUCAGCUGCUAAAGAACUUGAUUGGUUAUCCAUGACUGGAAAUCCGUCUGGAAGAUGUGCAGGUAUCCAGCCAGCACCCAGAAGUAUUUUAAAGUUUAACUGUGAAAAUAAGUACAGAUGGCUUUGUAAGAAAGCUGAAUCUCCACACAUUUUUGAUGUGUUUCUUAGUCGGUACCUGUCAAGACCAUUUUCAUCACAGAAGAUCUACAACUCCCUCUAUAGUGCUAAGAUAGACUGCUUAUAUGACAGGAACUGCACAGGAGUAGUAAAAGUCUCACAGUACUUCAGAAGAAUGGCAGGAAUUGAUGAAAUCCACUUUGCUCCUUUUACUGCUCCCUCAAGUGCUAUUUCGUAUGUAAAACGUGAAUGUUCCUUGGGAUACUAUGGAGAAAACUGUGCAAGAGUUUGUCCGCUGUGUCCUGGAAACUUCAGAUGCAAUUCAAUAACUGGCAAAUGCCCAGAAAAGUUAAUGUGUGUGGACAAAUUUAAAGGUGAAAUUUGUGAAUCAGGACUCACCAGUUUAAAGUGCCCCCAAGACCCCAUGUGGUGGUAUUGGAAUGGAAACUGUUAUUACCUAGAAAGGAGAGAGACCAUGCGGUGGGAGCAGGCUCUGGCCCAAUGUGCAUUGUAUAAGCAUGCUAGUCUUCUCCAGCUAGAUAGUGCAGAAGAAAAGAUGUGGGUGGCUUCCAUGCUGGAGGGUGGCACCUGGAUUGGUUUGUCAAAGCAGCAGUCUGGUGCCUGGCAAUGGACUAGUGGACACGGUGCUAAUCUUGCACUCAACUGGCUUUCAGACAUUAAAAGGGGUCAAAGUGGAUGCGCUCAGAUGAAGAAAGGAGGAGAACUUAUGGCUACUGGUUGCUCUACACGCCUGCACUGGGUCUGUGAAAAACAAGCAGACCUUGAUAUUUUCCUUGAGUAUCCUGGAAGAAUACUGCUUUCUCUGGUGGCAAUGGCUCAAUAUAGUACCCUAACUGAAGCAAAAUUCUACUGCAUGAUCAAAGCUCAGUGUACAGGAAUAAGUAGUUGGCCAUCCAAAUUUUAUCUUGUCUCAGGAAGUGAAAUGGUGUCAGCUCCCCAGAGAUGUAUAGUUUACUUGAAAACAAGCUGUGUUUCUGGGCGGUACGGAUCUGGAUGCAGGAAAGCCUGCCCCCGCUGCACUAGCAUCCUGCCGUGUAAUAGUUUGACUGGGUUCUGUGAUGAGAAAACAACGUGUCUGUUGCCAUUCACUCUAGCAAGCUGUGUGGCAACCACAAUCAGUAUACAAUGUCCAGAUGAGGCCGGGUGGCGCUACUGGAACAGGUACUGUUACUAUAUCUCACGUGCGAAAGCGAAAUCCUGGAUGGAUGCCAAUUCCACCUGCAGUCGAUACAGAGGUGCUGAACUUGUUUGGUUUGAAAGCCCGGAAGAACUGAGUUGGAUUAAAUCAUCUCUGAAUGGACCCACAUGGACAGGGUUGCAAGAUAUAAACCGAGAUGGCACCUGGACCUGGGCACAUGAAGAUAAUGCAUCUAGUGUAUUGGAAUGGUUAACUUUUAGAAAGAGAAACAGUUGGCUGAGAUGUAUUGAAAUGCCAGCUGGCGAACUUGUCGCUGCAGCAAGCUGUAGGAGAGCCAAGAAAUGGGUGUGCAAGAAACCAGCAGAACCAGAUCUUGAUUUGUUCAUAAGUAUCUGGGAUGCAGUGGUGAUCUUCCCAACUCCAGCAGUAUCAGCUAAAUACACUAACCACACAUUGGCCAGACAAAUCUGUGUAAUGCAGAGGUCCAGAUGCAUUGGCUAUGUGUUAUGGCAAGACAGUUAUUUCCUAAUACAUGACUCUGAAUUUGUUAUCAGUGGAUUUGCACAAAGUGCAACAUACUUAAAAUCAGCUUGUGAUUUUGGAUACUACGGACCGUCUUGUGAAAAGGAAUGCCCAGACUGCUACUGGGACAAGCCGUGCAAUACCGUAUCCGGAAAGUGUGAGGACACUGCAGUUUGUGCUGAGCCAGAGGAUGUAGGUGUCUGUAAUUUAGGCAAGUACAGCUUGAAAUGUCCUCUUGGGCCUGGCUGGUGGUACUGGAAUGGACGUUGUUACUUUAUAGAAAGGAAUAGAACUCUGAGUUGGAUGGAAGCCAGGCUGUUUUGCAACCAUUUUAAAAGAACAAGUCUGUUGCAGCUGGAAUCGUCGGCUGAAAAGGACUGGCUACAAAAGAUGAUAAAACAGCCAGCAUGGAUAGGAAUGAAAUGGGAAACAUCGGCCUCUGAGUGGCAGUGGGCAGAUGGAUCCAGAGUAAACACAGCUCUGAACUGGUUAAACGUACAACGGGAUGCAACUGAAAACUGUGUGUUUCUUCAGCAUAAUAAAGUAGCUUUAGAAGCAGCUAGUUGCCUUUUAAAAUAUAAUUUUGUGUGUAAAAGAAAUGAAGCUGAAGACAUGUUUCAGUUUUAUGCAGGCCACAUAAUAACACAAAGACAGAAUUUGUUGCCAAAAGUAUACUCAUCUCUCGAAUCUGCUGAAAAGGCAUGCCUGUAUGAGAAAACACAUUGUACUGGAGUAGUCCGUUCACAGAAACGAUAUCAUUUGGUUAGUGGAACAGAGGUAUUUAGAAGCUCUAAUAAAGCUGAUGCAUUAUAUCUUAAAACUGGCUGCCAGACAGGCUACUAUGGCUCAGAUUGUCAAGCCACUUGCCAUCCCUGCACCAAUGGUUUUCCUUGCAGCGGUGUUACUGGACAUUGUGUAGGCACUGCCAGAGUUACUUGCAGCUUACAGUCUCAGGAUCCACGGUGCUCUCCUAGCGAAGUUUCCAGGCAGUUGUGCCCCCAGGGGCCUCGAUGGCAUUAUUUUCGAAAGGCGUGUUACUAUGUGGAAGAUACUAAAACUAGAACGUGGACUGAGGCCAGGAGUGCGUGUCAGGGCUUUAAGGAGACGGACCUCGCUAAAAUUACAAACAGUGCAGAAAAGGCUUGGAUACAGUUUAAAGGGGAGAACAGCUGGAUAGGUUUGACCUAUAAGAAAGAAGACUUCAGAUAUGUAUGGGUCGAUGGCACAUCUGCUCAGGCUGAAAGUGCAUGGGUCAUGAAACGUAACAGGAGGCAUAUGCUCACUAAAGAAGACUGUGUGGUUGCCUUCAAGCAAUACCUUUCCCCAGCAGAUUGUUCUUCUCUGAGAAAGUGGAUAUGCAAAAGAGAAGGAGAUGUCAACCUCUUUACAAUGCACAAGGGGAGAGCUUUGUACUCCCCUUACGUACCAACAUCAAAUAUAUAUAACACCUUAAAGAAAGCUACAGAUACCUGCUCAGUGCUCCAGACAUGCACUGGGAUAGUGGCAGUGGGGGAGCACUACGUUCUACAAAGUGGGAUGGAACUGUAUAACAGCAGGAACAGUAGUGUGAAAUCCUUUAUCAAGUCAGAUUGCAUCUCUGGAAGAUUUGGGCUUCUGUGUGAAUUUAAGUGUCCACCAUGCCAGCAGGGUAUGGCCUGCAAUCCAUACACAGGGCUGUGUGGUGACACUGUGUUUUGCAGUAAGGAGAAUAGUCCUAUCCCCUGUGGAAAAGGGUCCAUAUUUGGUGGCACGUGCCCAGUUGAAGAUGGGUGGCAGUACUGGCAAGGCAGCUGUUACUAUAUCCACACAGCAAAGAGACAAACCUGGCUACGUGCACGAGACCUAUGCAGGCGUUACAGGGACACAGAUCUUCUGUGGCUGACAAGUCCUGGGGAAAAGGAAUGGCUGGUAUCUAAACUUCCCAAAGCAUCAUUCUGGACUGGCCUUUAUGGGUUUAGAUUCUGUACAGUUUUGCAGUGGUCGAACAGUCAAUUCCCGUUUGCAGCCUCAAGAUGGUUGUCUGUAAGCAAAUGGGCCAUAGGUGCUAAGUGCUGUGUGCAGCUUAAUGCCCCCAAAGGCUCUUUGACAGCUUUCAGCUGCUUUCGGAAAGCCCUGUGGAUUUGCAAGAGAAAAGAAGAAGGAAUUGUGGAUUUCCGGGAGUUCCGAGGCUAUUACCUAUCUGGCACUUACACAUCAAAUUCCACACAGCGAUCGUUAUGGGAAGCCCUACAGCUCUGUAGAUUUCAACGAAGCAUUUGCAAUGGAGUUGGGAUGAUCAAAGGAGAGUAUAGAACUAUAUUUGCAACCCGAAUUCUACUCAUCAUUGGAGCCCUGGGAGAUGAAAGCACCGCAUAUUUGAAAUCAUCUUGUCCCCCAGGGCACUAUGGUCCUGAAUGCCAGGGCAGUUGCACCUGCAAUAGAAUUGAAAACUGCAGCCCCUUCACUGGAGAAUGUGCAGAGAAUUUACAGUGUUCUCAGGAAUACGUGGCACAGCAAUGCCAAAGAGGAGUGAUCAAUAUGAAAUGCCCAGAGGACCCUGGUUGGUGGUACUGGAAUGGCAGCUGUUAUUAUAUGGAAGAAACUAAUAGUUUAACCUGGCUGGAAGCUAAGAAUUACUGCACUGCCUAUAAUGGCACUGACCUACUAUUGCUGGAUAGUGCAGAAGAAAAGGCCUGGAUAACCUCAGUGUUACGGAAACCUGUUUGGAUUUUCUCGUUGGGUGCCUUGCAAAGCGAUGUGGAGAAAUCAAGCAGGAAGAAUCAGCGUGUCAUGGUAAGCCCCACCAAGAGUACUGCUCCAGACAGUUGUGGUCAGCUGAGUGUGAAUGGGAGCUUGAACCAAGUUAACUGUUCUUCUCUGGCUUUCUGGGUUUGUGAAAGAAGGGAAGGUGACAGCAUGUUUUGGAAAUAUUCCAGAAGGCUGCUUACUAAGCCUUUAUGGGGAGAUACAUAUUCAUCCUUGGAGUUUGCUCUGUCAGCCUGUAUUUUAAAAGCAGAUUGCUCUGGAGUCACCUACUGGGGAAAGCGUUACGUACCAGUCACUGGUAAAGAACUGAUCUUCAGCAAAAACAGACAGGAUGCUGUGUACUUGAGGAGUGCUUGCAGCAAAGGACACUAUGGUGCCUAUUGUCAAAAGAAAUGUCCCACCUGUCUCAAUCGUACCAUGUGCAAUAGACUCACAGGGCUGUGUGAUGGUACAGUGACAUGUCAAGAAAGGAAGAAAUUAGAACUCUGUGAAUACCGCCUUACAAGCAAGUUCUGUUUUGCCUCUUGGAAGUACUGGAAUGGAAAUUGUUACUAUGUUCCUCCAUAUGGGGUGCUGAAUAAGAGCGAAGCAGAGUUCAUGUGCAGUCGGUUCCAAGGGGCACAACUGAUAAAAUUAAACAUCACGGAAGAACAGAGAUGGAUAGCUAAAGUCAUCACUAGAAAAAGCUGGCUUGGCAGCCUGAGCUAUAAACUCCAGUCAAACUCCUGGAUCAUGCCUGAUGGAGAUAGAGCAGCGCCUCGUUGGGGUUUCAAAGCAGUUCAAGAUUUGUGUGUGCAGAUUGAACCCAUAUCUGGAACCUUUAUUUCCUUUGCCUGCUCUGAACGGGCUUCGUGGAUCUGCAAGGGAGCCCCAGUUCCUGGAGCGCUGGAUUCCAUGUAUAAGUGGUGGACAACGUUGACCUCGUCCCUUUUAGUUUCAGUUUUCGUAGUUGUCGUGAGUGUGUUUGUUACAUUUAAAGCCGCCCGGUGGAGAAGACAAGUGCUGGUAGAAAAGACUGAUGGGAAAGAGCAGAGAAAUAAAGUGGAGAUGGAGAACUUGGCUUCCUGGGAGAAACAGGCCCUCAAGUCUGACAGGAGCAACCCCUUGAAUUAGGGUGUAGUGUUUGUGGGCUCUGAAGGCAGUCUCAUCCCAUCCUCUGUGGACUGAAGAUUUGGCUUUGAGGAAGAGGUUUGAAGUAGGGGAAACAGGAGUUAGAGCACUAUAACAGAUAAGGAAAUAUUUAACUUGAAAUUUGUUGAAUGUCUUAAUUGAUUUUUUUGGUGUUUUAAUCUUUCUCUGAGCUCCCACCUUCUCUAGUGACUCUAGUCUGUCAUAAGCAGGAUCUGUCAGAUGACACAGCACUACUUUCAGCAAAGCAGAACAUCCCUAGAACAUGACUAGUCAAAUACAUUUCCUUAAAUCAUAUUGCAUUUCUCUCAGAGAAGUUUUCAUCUGUGUUAUGUCUUCUUUAAGCAGUUCAAUAAACUCUCAAUUAGAAAA